AGCUAAAUCUGAACUACAGUCUGAGUCAUAAAUUAGAAUACACGUGAUCUGUUCAUGGUGGGAGAUAUUGAUUUAAACUUUUCAACCAUGAAAAUAUUGCUUAUUUUAUUUAUGGCUACUGCAGCUUUUGUUGAAGCAGUUUCAUUCAUAGAUCUUGUAAUGGAAGAAUGGAAAACUUUUAAAACAAUAUAUAAUAAAGAUUAUAAAAGUGAUAUUGAAGAGAAUUUUAGGUUAAAGAUUUUUAUGGAGAAUAAACAUAAAAUUGCUAAGUUUAAUGCUAAGUUUGCAAGAGGAUCAGUUACUUUCAAUCUAAAAAUCAAUAAAUAUGCUGAUAUGCUUCACCAUGAGUUUGUGAAUACAUUUAAUGGAUUCAACAAAACUAAAUCUGGAUUUUUCCAAAGCCAUGAAAAGCCCAUAGGAGCUACAUUUAUCUCACCUUAUCACGUGCAAUUACCAAAUUCUAUUGAUUGGAGACAAGAAGGUGCAGUUACUUUGGUUAAAGAUCAGGGACAUUGUGGCUCUUGUUGGGCUUUCUCAACGACUGGUGCAUUAGAGGGUCAGCAUUUUAGGCAAACAGGUGUUCUUGUGUCUUUGAGUGAACAAAAUUUGAUUGAUUGUUCAGGAAAAUAUGGCAAUAAUGGUUGCAAUGGUGGUCUUAUGGAUAAUGCUUUUAAGUAUAUUAAGGACAAUAGAGGUUUAGAUACUGAAAAAAGUUAUCCAUAUGAAGCAGAAAAUGACGUAUGUCGCUACAAUCCAAAAAAUAGUGGUGCAGAUGAUGUCGGCUUUGUUGAUAUUCCAGUAGGUGAUGAGGAAAAACUUAAGGCUGCUGUUGCUACAAUUGGACCAGUUUCAGUUGCAAUUGAUGCUUCACAUGAGAAUUUUCACUUUUAUUCUGAUGGUGUUUAUUAUGAUCCUGAAUGCUCAUCGACUGAAUUGGAUCAUGGAGUACUUGUAGUUGGAUAUGGAACUACUAAAGAUGCUCAGGAUUAUUGGAUUGUGAAGAACAGUUGGGGCGAGACUUGGGGUGAUAAGGGAUAUAUUAAAAUGGCUCGUAAUAAAGAUAAUCAUUGUGGCAUUGCUUCUUCAGCUAGUUAUCCUCUAGUCUAA